AGUCCACCUGCACCGGGCAGGAGAGCAAGCUUCCCCGGCUCCGCCACCGUAAGGCUCUCGGCGAGCCCGGAGCUUGGGGCUUUUCCUCUCAGGCGGAGGGAUCCACGGCGGCCGAGGAGGCGGCGCUGAGCCUACGAGGAAGAGGCAGCUACGGCGGCGGCGGCUGGGGCAGCAGCGCAUAAAGGGGCCGCCGCCGGGUGAUGCGGUGACCGCUGCGGCAGGCCCAGAAGCUGAGCGGGCCUCGGCCCUCAGCUCGUCGGAUCCGCGCUCCGGAGCUUCCCCCGUCUUCUCCGGUCGACUCGGUCUCAAGCCCCCUCGCCCCUUCCCCGUCCCUCCCCCGUCCCCGUCCCCGCCCCGGGGGGCCGUCGCCACCGUUUCCCACCAUGGCUCUGAAGAGAAUCCACAAGGAAUUGAAUGACCUGGCUCGAGAUCCUCCUGCACAGUGUUCAGCAGGUCCUGUUGGAGAUGAUAUGUUUCAUUGGCAGGCUACAAUAAUGGGGCCAAAUGACAGCCCCUAUCAGGGUGGAGUAUUUUUCUUGACAAUUCAUUUCCCAACAGAUUACCCCUUCAAACCACCUAAGGUUGCAUUUACAACAAGAAUUUAUCAUCCAAAUAUUAACAGUAAUGGCAGCAUUUGUCUUGAUAUUCUACGGUCACAGUGGUCUCCAGCACUAACUAUUUCAAAAGUCCUUUUGUCCAUCUGUUCUCUGUUGUGUGACCCCAAUCCAGAUGAUCCCUUAGUGCCUGAGAUUGCUCGGAUCUACAAAACAGACAGAGACAAGGUUUCUCUGUAUAGCCCUGGCUGUCCUGGAACUCACUCUGUAGACCAGGCUGGCCUCGAAAUCCGCCUGCCUCUGCCUCCCAAGUGCUGGGAUUAAAGGCGUGGGCCACCACCGCCGGCCAAAGUGAGUUAUUUUAUUAAUACAGAGGAAGGUAUUAUGUCAUUUUAUUUCUUUGUUAGGUUUUGUUUGUUUUUUUGUUUUGUUUUGUUUAGAGACAAAGCCAUGUAGGCUUGCUGCAGCUUGAUCUAUAUAUCAAGCUGGCCUUCAAUUCACAGAUACCUACUUGCCUGUGCCUUCUAAGUAUAGAAUAAAGUUUAUUCAGGGCAUGGGGAGUUAGGAGGGUAAUAGUGGCAGACAAAGGCAGAGAGAGGGAGAGAGUAGAGAAAUAGAGGCCGCCAUGU